CGCUGCAAUCGCAUCGACAGGCGCGGCUGCGGGCGGAAUGUUGGCAACAGGAGCAGCAGCCAGAGGAACAGCCACUGCAGGGUCAGCUAAAGGCGGAGCGGCGACAGCAGGGCCUGCGAAAUCGUUAAAUAUCCCCUGACCCUGCUGGGGCUGCUGGACAGGUAUCGCGACCGGCUGUACUGCCUCGGGAGCCAGUUGCUGAGGCGGUGCGGCUGCAAUACCGGCUGGUGCCGCAUCGAGAGCUGGGGGCUGAGUAGAAGGGAUGAAAGCGUUGACUGGAAUCGUGUCAGUCUCUAAUACUUUCCAGCCGUCUGGACCAAAGCUGAUGGCAGUUCCUGUCGUGCUGCCAGCGCCAAAAGGUGCCACGGACGUAGGCUCAUUGAACACCACAUCCGCAGUCCCAGUUGGAAACUCGGAAAGAUUAGGCAGUGGUACAAUGACGUCGGGGGAACCUAGCGCUAGGUCUUCUUCAGGUGGGUCAUUAAUACCUGGGGCUACUGGAGCAGUAUCUGCACCCGCAGCUGGUACAAGCUGCGCAUUCAUGCUAUGCAGGAGCAUAGCUCCUACCACGAGGGACUUCAUCUUGGUGAGCCCUCAAUGAAUUCAAAGGAGAGACAGUGGAAAUGAGUGUGA